CCAAAGCCAAAAACCAAAAGCAAAACACAACGAUUCGUACAAGAGGUUCCAAGUUUAUCGAUGCUGCUCACUGGGCAGUGAUCACUCCGAUCUCUUCGACUUCUGCAAAUUUCCAUACCAAUUUACUCCGUCACUCAAAUGGCUUCAAUCUCUUCUAGCCCUCGUUCCGUUGAAGACAUCUUCAAAGAUUACAACGCUCGACGCACAGGCCUUGUGCGAGCCCUCACUUAUGAUGUCGAUGAGUUCUACUCGCUUUGCGAUCCUGAGAAGGAGAAUUUGUGUUUAUAUGGACAUCCGAAUGAGUCUUGGGAGGUGACUCUGCCUGCCGAGGAAGUUCCAUCCGAGCUCCCUGAACCUGCGUUGGGGAUCAAUUUUGCAAGAGAUGGGAUGAAGCGUAGAGACUGGCUUUCGUUGGUGGCUGUUCACAGCGAUUGUUGGUUGCUUUCAGUGGCGUUCUAUUUUGGUGCUCAACUCAACCGCAAUGAGCGGAAGCGACUAUUUAGUAUGAUCAAUGAUCUACCCACUCUAUUUGAAGUUGCGUCUGGAAGGAAAGCUGUUAAAGACAAACCCAGCAUGGAUAGUGGAAGUAAAUCCAGAAACAGCACAAAGAGGUCAGUAGAUGGGUCGAUCAGAAACAGCAAUCCAAAGCUACUCGAAGAGAGUUAUGGAGAGGAUGAAGAUGAGCACGGUGAUACACUCUGUGGGAGCUGUGGUGGGAACUACAAUGCAGACGAGUUUUGGAUUGGAUGCGACAUCUGUGAGAGGUGGUUCCAUGGAAAAUGUGUGAGGAUAACACCUGCCAAAGCAGAAAACAUCAAGCAGUACAAAUGCCCCUCUUGCAGCACGAAGAGAGGAAGACUGUAGCGCGCGGAAACACCUUAAUGUAAAGCACAUUUUGUGGGAGUUAACCUUUAUGUGUCUUGGGAAAACUCUUGGUAAGGACCAAAAGAAGUGAAGGUACACACAUGUUAGGGGAUUUACUUGUGAGGGGUUUAUAGGGGUUAUAAAGUUAACAUUCUAACGGAUAAACAAGCAUGAGUUGAAGUUAGUUUUCUUUUCGUUUUUUUUUCAUACAUGUUCGUCGUAUAGUGUUCGGUGUUUAAAGAUUGAUCUCGUCUUCGUUUAUAAUGAUAUGAAAUGAUCUGAUCGUUCAUGCUA